ACUGGUGAUAGUGAAAGUGAAAGUGAAAGUCAGAGAGAAGAGGAGAGGAGAAUCCUAAGCACCUCUUUGAACACUGAUAGACAGGACUCCUCUCUCACGUUAACUCCGAGGAAAGAAACGAAGGAUCUCACAGCUCUCUCUAUCAUCAUCAUAAUCGCUUUCACUUGGAAAACAGAAAGUGAACAUACACGGAGAGAGAGAGAGAGACAGACUUGAAACAACACAGAGCUAAAAGUAGAAAUCAAUGAUUUUGUUGCAGUCCCAUUCCAGAUUUCUCCUUCAAACAUUACUGAAUCGUGUCCAAAAUCUUGAAAAGGCAGUUGAAUUGGAUUACCACUGGGUGGAGUUUGAUGAUGUUCGUUACCAUAUUCUGGUGUCAAUGAAGAAUCCAAAUGUCUUGCUGUUAUCCGUUUCGUUACCAAUCCCACCUCCAGAAGCUGUUUUCAUAGGUGGACUUCCGUUUGGAGCCAUAGAAGCUUUAAAGGCUGCUUAUGGUGUGGUUGUGCAGAUUCUUGAUCCUCCCCGAGAUGGCUUUAACCUCACUUUGAAACUCAAUUUGGGGAAACUUCCACUUCAUGAAGAGCACAGGUAUGCUCUCUUGGUAAAGAUUGCAUCUGUUAGGGAAGUGGUGCUAGGUGCUCCAUUAAGAGUAGUUUUAAAACAUCUUUCAUCAAAGACUGUUAUUCCUGGUAUUGAUGGGCUUCUGGCCCUCGUGCAUCGGUCCAAAGAGUCUUUCUUCCUUGUUCCUCAGCCAGACAAGGUUACUGUGGUAUUUCCCAUGAGAUUCAAGGAUUCCAUAGAUAUUGCUUUUGCUACUUCCUUCCUUCAGGAAUUUGUCGAAGCCAGGCAUACAGCUGGACUUAAUAAUGCUCCUCCUUGCUUGUGGUCUCCUAACCCACCUCUUGAAUUGAAGGAAGCCCCUGCUGAAGCAUUGUCUGCAAAUGCAGGAUUUGUUUCUUUUGUCAUUUUUCCUCGUCAUGUGGAAGGCAAAAAGUUGGACCGGACAGUGUGGAAUUUAUCAACAUUUCAUGCAUAUGUUAGUUAUCAUGUUAAGUGCUCGGAGGGUUUUAUGCAUACUCGCAUGCGAAGACGUGUAGAAUCUAUGAUUCAGGGCUGUACUGCUGUACUUGAUCUUAACUCAUAAAAUCCAUUAUUGACGCCCGCAGUUGGAAUGGCUGUUUGGUUGGUGACAGUGACAGGAAUAUAUUGCCAUUACAGGCAACUAAAGGUAAAGCCACAGCAAUGGUGUCAGUUAAGUGGAAGGCUAGAACCAACAAUUUCCUAGGAAAUUCCUGAAACUGCUGCCUAAAUGACCACAGAAGCGCAGUGUUGAGUUUUGCUUUGCAGACGAGUCUUUGCUUAAAUUUCUCUUUCAGCCAUUCUCGUUUUGGUAUCCAAGGAUUAUGGGAACAUGUUCAGAUAGUUAUCCAAAAGAAACGCGUUUCUCUGUCCUUUCUGGACUUUGAUUUCUCAGGGCCCUCAAAUUUCCUUGCAUGGUUUUUGGCUAGUCAAUGAUUCAAAGAAAAGAAGAGGUUUUUUUUUUUUUUUCCUUUUAUUAUAGUUAAGGGCUCAUAUAGAGUAACACACUUUG